AAAUGAAUCAAUCAAUUAAGUUGAAAAAAAUGAUUAUAUUUUUCUUUAUAUACCUAUUUUCUGGGCAAGCACAUAAAGUCAAUACAAAGUUUCUCAUUCAUAUUGUUCCAUUUGUCCCUUUAUCCUUUUGUGGUUAUCAUUGUUUUGUCAUUAUAACCAACCAACACCAUAUAUUAAUAUCAACUUUUGCAGCAUAUAAGUUUUCUUUAUUCAUCAUUAUUGCCAAAUCAUUGCAAUAUCAUGGAAUCUUCAUUGACUCUAGCCACUGAGAGCUUCUCAUAUAGUUGGUUAUCAUCAUCAAGCUGCAAAUCUACUACUACAACACCAUUAGACCCAAAUUGCCAGAACUUCAACUUUGAUAUCUCUUUUUUAACUAAUUCUUCUUCUUGUGUUGUUGCUUAUGCUGAUGAACUCUUCUCUGCUGGUACCAUCAAACCUCUGUUUGUUCUUCACCCUAAUAACACCAAACUAGAUUCCUUGGACAAUAGUUCUUCAUCUUCCAAUUCAAGAGAUCUUAGGUCUCCAAUUCAUCAUCAUAAUCAUGAUGAAUUGUUCACAAGGUGGAAGGCAUCAACAAGGAGAACAUUCAAGAACAUAUCGAGGCGUAUCGGCCGGUUAAGCCGGAAAGUUGUGUGUUCAGGGAAGAUUGUUAGUGUUAUUGAUGAUGAUAUUGAUAUUGAUAAUCACAAUAACAAGAACAAAGAAAGGCAAGUUAAAAGAUCAUCAAUUACAGUUCAUCCUGUUAUUGGUGCUUUCCAUGAUUCUCAUCUUGAGAAUUCAAUUUAUGAAGCUGUUCUUCAUUGCAAAAGAUCAAAAAUUGAAGAGAAGAAAAAUUGGAGAAGCUUUAAUUUGCUAGAGACAUGCCAAGCUGAGGGAUUUAUAGAUGAUAUAUUAAGUUAAGGGAAUGUUGGAAUAUAUUAGUGGAUCCUAUGUUCCUGAUGUUAAUAUAUGUAAUUCAUUUUAAUAUAUGUUCUUUAUUUUAAAAUUCCUCUUUAUAUUAUUACUCACUCUACAUGUCAAUGAAAUUCUUGCUUUCAUAGCAAAGUAGUGUUUCAUUAUAGUAAAGUGAAUACCUCGAGAUAUCUUUAAUCGAUUUGGUUGAAAUCCCUAAUCAAUUGCCUUCAA